GGCCCAGUGUUGUCCCGGAGGAGGGCAGAGCCAACAGAAGACGAUGAUCAAUAGUGAGAAGGUACACCCGGGGCGCCUUGAACAGCAGCAUCGCCGUUUUAGCCAGCUCCGGGAGUAGAGGCCCUCGUCUGCUGCCGACCGAGACAGAGAUCUGCAGGGCUCCAGUCCUCCGGCCUAGUGGCCACUCUAUCAUGGCCACUUUGGCCACGUCAUCUCUGUGGCCACCGUGUGGACACGUCGGUGCAACCCUUCUGCUUCUGAUGAUGCUCAGCAUUUUCAUUGAGAUCACCUGGUGCGCUCAGGGCACAGUGAACUUCAGAGAAAAGGAAAAACAAGUUUUGGAUCAAAUCCUAGGACCUGGACGUUACGACGCCAGGAUCCGUCCAUCGGGAAUCAAUGGGACAGCGGGAGAAGCAACAUUAGUCAGUGUGAACAUCUAUCUACGGUCAAUCAGCAAAAUAGACGAUUAUAAAAUGGAGUACAGCGUCCAGCUGACGUUCAGGGAGCAGUGGAUAGACGAGCGACUCAAAUUCAAUGACUUUGGAGGUAAAAUCAAAUACUUGACCCUGACAGACGCGGCCAGGGUCUGGAUGCCAGAUUUGUUCUUUGCAAAUGAGAAGGAAGGCCACUUCCACAAUAUCAUUAUGCCAAACGUCUACAUUCGUAUCCAUCCUCAAGGCUCUGUCCUGUACAGUAUCCGGAUCUCCCUGACGCUGGCUUGUCCCAUGAACCUGAAGCUAUAUCCUCUCGACCGGCAAGUCUGUUCACUAAGGAUGGCCAGCUAUGGCUGGACGACUGAUGAUCUGGAAUUUGUGUGGAAGGAUGGAGACCCUGUGCAGGUGGUAAAGAAUCUCCACUUACCACGGUUCACGCUAGAGAAGUUUCUCACUGACUCCUGUAAUAGCAAAACUAACACAGGGGAAUACAGCUGUCUGAAAGUGGACCUUCUCUUCAAGCGCGAGUUCAGCUACUACCUGAUCCAGAUAUACAUCCCCUGCUGUAUGCUGGUCAUUGUUUCGUGGGUCUCCUUCUGGCUCGAUCAGAAUGCCAUUCCCGCACGAGUGUCCCUCGGAGUGACCACACUCCUCACCAUGGCGACCCAAACCUCGGGGAUCAACGCCUCACUCCCGCCUGUUUCUUACACAAAGGCUAUCGACGUUUGGACCGGCGUCUGCCUCACGUUUGUAUUCGGGGCACUGCUAGAGUUUGCAUUAGUUAACUACGCAUCAAGAUCUGAUAUGCAUCGCGAGAACAUGAAGAAACAAAGACGCCAAUACGAACUGGAACACGCUGCAUCUUUGGAAGCGGCUGCCGACCUCCUGGAGGACGGUGCCACCACGUUUGCUAUGCCUCCAACCCUACUAGAACGUCUGCUUGCCAAGCUGAGGCUAAAGGCGAAGAUACGUGCGUCUAAGCCACUGGUGCGCCGUCCAGGUGAUGCCCUCACCCUGGAGAAGGUGCGCCAGUGCGAGAUCCACAUGCAGCCACAGAGAGACAACUGCUGUCGCACCUGGUUGGCCAAGUUUCCGACGCGCUCCAAGCGGAUAGACGUCAUAUCUCGCAUUACAUUUCCACUCGUGUUUGCUCUUUUCAAUCUGGUCUACUGGUCCACAUACUUGUUCCGAGAGGAGGCUGAGGAAAACUAAGCAUCCGGUAAAAAGUGAUGGUCCUCUCUUAUCCACCGGAUUCGCUCACCGAACAAAAUUGCCGUUGCUGACGGUACUUAAAUUCAGACACGUAAUGAAGAAAGUGGUUUUGACUUUCAUUAACAGUUCUUACAUGAUACUUAUGGUUCAACGGGGUUUAAUGGGCCUUUUUACAUGGUAGACAAGAUAAUGAAAUGAACUCCGCGAUUAUAUAAUUAGCUGUGAAAUUGUGUUUCACAAUGAAAAAAUCAAAUGAAAAUUAGAUAUCUGCUAAAAAAAAAAAGGAUUAGAUAUUGUUAAUAUGACUGUGAAAUUAAUUAAAAUCAAUCACUGACAAUCUGCUUUAGUAAAGUUCUUCGAUAUAGUUGCUUCAGUGGGACGUACUAUUUGAAUGUAGUGGUGUUUAAUCGCACAGUACAAUAGAGCUAUUACUUUUACAAUGGAGCAGAGACAAGAAGUUUGUUUCAUUGCUGAAUUUGAAUGAAAAACUUCCUUCACAGUCAUUGUACUUACAUAAUGACUACACAACGAAGAUAACAUGGAAAGCACGGGCACGCUAUAUCAGUAACGCCAACCACCAGUCAAGUUUUUCAUCUUCAAGAACUCUUAUUUAGUAGAUGAUGUUGGUAUCACUGCUUUUAACAGCUGAUUUAUAAUUGAUUUUCAUGAGAACUCAGGAAUAGGUACCAUAUGGGAAGGGAGUAUGAUUUGUUUUGCGGCAGAGUACCACUUACAGAACUAGGUAGACAUUCGGUGAACAGAAAAUGCCAGAGAAAUAACCAACUCACAAAGGUAAUAUUACGGUGGAUGGUAAAUAUUUCAUUACGAGGUGUAUCACAGUAAGUAAUGAUAGUUAUGAUGGGUUAUGGCACUGUAAAUUGAAAAGCAUUAUGGUAUUAAGUAGAUGGUGUUCGUGUGCAUUAAUUUUCAACCCUGCUUACACGCUAAUGUUUUAGCCAAUCCAAUAUAAAUUUAUUCUGAGAGGUCCUGUGAACAGGUAUUAGUAUUUUAUUUUGUUCCAUGUCCACAAUGUAGGCCCUAAACAUCUUAAUGAACAUUUGAUAAUUAGAUGCAAGACUAAUAUAGUAAGCAUGAUUAUUUUUCCCUGGCCAGCAGUUCACACGUGCUACCAGUUGGCAAAAUUGUUGAAUGUUAAGUUGCAGUUGUUACUUGCUUUUACAGAAAUCUCAAAAUAUAUUUUAUUGCUUCUGUUUAUAUCUCUCAUAAAAGAAUAUGCUAUUCCUCUUUUGGAAAGUGAAUUAAAUAAUGUGAUAUGUAUACAGUCAGUCACAUGACAAUCUGGAGCAUGUUAGGAUAUCCUUAGGGCUUUGGUCUGAUUUUAAUGUCCAAUCAUAAAAGGAACAAAAGAGAAAUGGUGAUUAUUUUUAUUUUUCUCUUCCAGACUUCAUGAUAACUUGAUAUUCUUUUUGUUAUACAAGACCAGCGUCUUAACAAAAUGUUACAUGUGUCAGGCUCUUGUAAAUGAACCUUCAGGUUCCACAAAAAAAAGGGCAACUACUAGUUUCUCAAGAAGGACUCUGCUCCAUGGAGUUAGUUUUAGUACUGAAUUUUUAAUUCAGUGAUUUUAUCUACAUAUAUGAUAUCUUGCCAAAAUCUUAAAUUCAUUAUAGUGUUGAAUAAUUCUUAUGGCACACCAAAGCACAAGGCACAAAUACACACACACACAAAUUUCUGCAUCGGAAUAUGUGGGAUAUAUGAAAGUAAAAAAUUUUGACAAAAACUGUGCAUUCUGUUUGUUCAUAUGGAGUCUGUCUGUGCCUCAGUAUUUUUUUAAAAAUAUUUUAAGAUAGUUUAGCUCAAAUUCUUUCUGACCUUUUAUUUGCUGAAACAAUAUUUAUGAAGUCAUUUAACAAAAUUAUAAAACAUUUCAUAAUGUUUGUUAUAAAUGUCUAAUACUGUGAAUGACUGUACUUGGCUAGGAUUUAUAAUAAAUGCAAAUACUGGGAUUAAAAGCUGACAGUGGAAGAACAGUAAUAACGUGGAUCCUAGAAAUACAGAUUUUUUAUCAUACGUUUUGGAUGAAUAGCUAAGGUAGUCUGGUGUCUUAGCUAUUAAAUAUUUUAAGUUUUAAUAUUACAGAAUUUGACUCAAGGUAAUACAUAUUAACCUUCUGAAGCUGAAGUUUACAUUUAUGUGGCCUCAUAAUGUUCAUGAUACAUGUCAGAACAGCACAAAGGCAGCCAUUGAAUGUGACUGUCAAACCUAACCUCAAAUUGAAUCAUAUGAUAACAGAAUUCUAAGCCAUGGCUUUUGGGGACUGUCAAGAGAACAGCCACCGUUAGAAUUAAUUAAAUUAUACAGGAAGCUUACAUCAUUAUAUAAAACAUCAGCGAGUGAAUCCCAAUCAAGAUAUGAAGAUGGCUGUCCUAUGAGAUCGUGUACCAAGUAGUCUGGUAGAUAUUAACCAGUGUUUCAGAGGAAAAUUUCUGCCCUCAUGAUGGGUAUUUUAAGGUUUUUAUAUUACUAUUUUAUAUUUUACUGUCCGUGAGUUGUGUAUUAGUACAUCAUUCUUCCCUGGGGCUUGUCUGGAAUCUAAGUAAGGAAUUUUUACUUUUUCUGGAGGUAAAGUUAUUGAUGCACUAAACUGAUUACUCACUUCCAUCUGUUGUAGAGGUCUAGAUUAUAUAAAACUUCAUGUCAUUGCCCUUGUAAGUAAACCGUUCCUUAUUCCUAAUUAUUUUUCACUUCAAAUUUGUUUCAUAUUAUGUUAUAUGCUUUUUCUUAAGUGCGUUAAAGAACUUGAAGAUUAUCUAUGGCAUUCAAAGUCAAAGGAGAAAUGUAGGCAGGUAAAGUUAAGUAGGUUUUGUAUGAGGCAGUCACAGCUCAGUGUGCUGCUAUUAUCCAUGCCUCUCACUUUGCAUUGUGCCAUACAAACAUGGUCAAAUAUGCCCCCACACAAUCCAGAUGCUUUGCAUCAUAGCCUAAAAUUCUCCAUCUGUUUGUUCAUAAGAAAUGUUUUGAAGCGAUAAGAUGGAAGUAACUGGAAACAGGGUCAUAGCAGAAACAAUUAGUUUAAAUGGAUGGUAAAUGGAGUUUCAUUGGCUCGACAGGAAAUGUUUGCUAGUGACUGUAUUAAAAAUCCUCUUGAGUAUGAACUGCCUUUAAGUGACCAUGUGUGUAAUCAUCAUUAUCCCUACUUUGUAUUUAAUAAAUGUGCAGUUACUUUCAUGACCGUUCAUUUUAUGUGGUUUGACUGACUGUAAGCCGAAUCCUGUCGAGUAUGGGAAGAUGCCCUACUGCACUGUGCAUAUGACAAAACUUUUGAUAUAUCUGCUCAAUACUGUGAAAGAGUGCUAGUGACUGUUAACUAUUGCAGAGUUUAUUAGUAUGAAUGUACGUGUAGAACUUGAUUAGUGCUCUGUCUCAUUUAUAGGUUAGGUUUAGUGAUAGAACUUGUCUGUCCACUGCACAUCAGGACUGGUCACCUCACUGUAGGCCACUUUGUCAUCACAACUUGCUGUUGCUAAUUACAACUAGCUUCUGAUUCGCUCACUUAGUCCUUGUGAUGCGCACUUCUAGAAGACCCUGCAUCUCAGCUCAAAAAAAAAUAAAAAUUAAACAACAGAGAGGACACUGUUGGAUCUCCCUGGUGGUAGAUCAUUGUUACAUUUUGUCACUGGGCAUCUUGAAGUUUGUAUGAACAUGUGAUUAUUACAGUCUGAUUUAGGGAGAAUGUGUAAUAUUCAUAUGGAUUUAACAUAACCUCACAAUAUAUUUACCAUGUUCUUCCCACAAACAGGUGACAGAGUAACUUAGAAAGAAGUAAGUACAGAUUAAAGAUAUAAUGAAAUGUAUGUUAAUUUUUUGUCAGAUUGUUUAUUAUUCAUAUAAUGAUGAUGCUCGUGUGCACAUUGUAAUAAAUGCACUGAUGUUUGA